AUGGCAGCGCCAGAUCGCGCACGACUGGGCGACGAACCCGAGUCACCGGCACCCGCUCGUUCCGACCCUCCGACUGGCCCUGUCAAGUUCAAACCUCUAGCAGUCAGGCAUGGCCACGAUCCUAUGACGUGUUUCGCUGGCCCCAGCAUCUUGAUUGUAGUUGGCGGGCCCCCCUUGGGAGAGCCUAUGAGGUUCUGCGUCCAGGAAGCUCUCAUUUGUCGCUACAGCGCCUUAUUCCACACUGAACUGAAGGAAUCCGAGACUAAGACAUUCAAGUUUCCAGAAGAUCACCCGUCCACCUUCUUACGGUGUAUGUUCUGGCUGUACACCGGAGAGAUAAACUUUGGACACGGGGAAGCCACCUGGGACAGUUUGACUAACAAACUUGAGGAGGCUUAUCAGACGCAAGUGAAGGAUGAUGAGGAUCAUGGUGAUGAAGGCAAUAGUGGUAACGGUGACACCGAAGGCCCUUCUAUGUCCAUCCUAACUGACCUCUGGAUCCUCGGCUAUAGGCUGCAAAUGCCUGCACUGCAGAACGCCGUCACUCGCACGAUUUUUGGACUACUGCGUCACAAUCCAGACCGCGUCCGGAUUUGCCUGGACGCCACGACGAUAAACAACGUCUACGUCUGCACACCUCCCGACGUGCCGCUUCGCUCGCUCAUCAUUGACAUGGCUCUACUCAUUGAGCAUCACGACAAUCUUUGCAGAAUCACGGAGGUCGCUACACCAGAGAUAGUCUCGGACAUGGCUAAGAGGGCCUUUUACUUUAUGAAAAAGGCUAGACCGAACUACUUGACCCCGUACGAACGCUUGCAGAAGUUGUGGCGGCGUUAUGCAGUUGGGUUAGUAAGGAGAGAAGACUUGUUCGAACAAGACGCAAAAGAUACAUAG